UUUAUGUAAGCAAUCCUGCUCAGGAUCGCGAGUCGCCGCGAGAGCCAGCCUCCCGGUUGGGCGUUACGUGUUACGCGCUGAUCCGAUCUUCCUUUUAUAUAGAGGAAACGAGCCCGCCGAAGAACAGAUAACGCACAACACACCGACUCGCUCCCGCAGCUGACGGAGUGUUACUUGCUAAUAAUACCACUACUACUUGUUAAUCCCACCUACUACCACUACUCGCCAUGUCCGGACGCGGCAAAGGAGGAAAGGUGAAGGGAAAGUCAAAGUCCCGUUCCAGCCGUGCUGGACUCCAGUUCCCGGUCGGCAGGAUUCAUCGCCUCCUGAGGAAGGGCAACUACGCCGAGCGAGUGGGGGCUGGCGCCCCCGUGUACCUUGCAGCGGUCAUGAACUACAUCGAGCUUGCCGGCAACGCCGCCCGCGACAACAAGAAGACUCGCAUCAUCCCACGUCACCUGCAGCUGGCCAUCCGGAACGACGAGGAACUUAACAAGCUCCUCUCCGGGGUCACCAUUGCACAGGGUGGCGUGCUGCCAAACAUUCAGGCUGUGCUCCUUCCCAAGAAGACCGAGAAGAAGUAAAUCCCUCUCCUCCUCAAUAUCAUCACCAACAAGUAUAUAUAUCCGGCUCCUCUUCGGAGCCACA